AACCAGUCGUGAACCAGAACGGUUGCUCGUUCCUCGGAAUCUCUCUCUCUCACAGUUACCUCUUUGAAACUGCACGAGGACCGUCGCAGUUCUUCCUCGUGUGUCACCUUCCAUUUAUUCUUCCAAUAUUUCGCGAGUUAUACGUUAAAUCAUUUUUAUUUUUUUUUUCUUCUAAUCGGAUUUUAGGAGGAUUCCAUUUACGGGGAUCCCCAAGGAUUAAGUUGUAUCCUUUCAAGAUGAGAAAAACGAAUGGCAACGAUGACGAAGAGGAUUGACAGAUAGAAAAUGUGAACCAAUUAAGAAGAUAUAAAAGAAAGAUAUCACGGAAAUGGCGUUGACGAUCGUACCCUCGGCCGGCGUUUUUAAUGGAAACGUUGCAGGCACGCAGGCUUACGUUUCCGGCUCAAAAUGUCUCUGUUGUCCAUACGGUUAUCACAUAGAUCUCGACUUCGUGCGAUAUUGCGAAGCAGUUGCAGCUGGAAGUACCGGAGACAGAUCGAGCAUCGAAAGACGAAAAAAACGAGAACGAAGAAGACAAUGUCAAUCGAUGGAAGUUCUCUUAGGCCUGGUGAGUCCGGCUCUAGCGGGAAUAGAGACCGAAUCGCCAGAAAUAUCACGAGAAUGUUCAACGGCAGCCACGUUGGCGUCGUCUAAUACUACAACGAAGAACUCCGAUGGUUCUAGCACAAUACCAAGAUCGAGUCAUCAUCGGCAUCGUCAACGCAACCAAGAUAACAGAAACGAGUCAACAAAUUUAGAUUUGAGCGAUGUUGUAGGGGACUUUGAGGCCACCUUGAAACGUUCAUCAGGAUCAACGAGAAUUCGAGAAGAUCGUACCGAGAUCGAUGGAACAACGAAGACAACAUCGGUGUAUACGACAACGCGAACGAGUGAUCUUGACGAUGGCAGCAUCGGAAAUGGUAACUCUAAUCUCAGCACUGGUGCUCUUCAGAACAUUCGAGAGCAGAUGGCAGCUUCUUUGGAAAGAAUGAAAGAGUUGGAGGAACAGGUCAAGGCAAUUCCCAUGCUAGAGGUGCAACUGUCGGUACUGAAAGAAGAAAAGAGGAAUCUCCUACAACGAGUUGAAGAGCUUAGUAAAAAGAAUUCCAAGGAGGAAAAGAAAAAAGAGGUGGAGGUGAAAAUGGUGAGGAAGGAGCAAGAGCAGGAGGAGGAAGAGGAGAAAACUCCGAAGAGAUAUCGGAGCCAGUCAUUCUCGGAAGAACGGAAUUCUUGGCGAGAGCCGAGAAAGAACAGUGAAUAUCGUGGUGGAUGUUGGUGGUAUGGUGGCGUCAAUUCGAGGCUUACCAGGGAUACCGGAACGAUGUGCGUCGCUAUGACGCGGGACGUCGGUGUUUCGCAUCAGCAGAUCCGAACGCGAGACGUAGGCAUGCUAACGAGUACACCAAUAAAACCAUCCCUAGGUAGAAGCCGAAUCCGUGUCGAAGAAAUUGUACCUGAUUUGAAUGACUCGAGUGCAUCAAUGACAUCUACUAAACUUCACUCGAGUGACUUCAGCAACACUUGGAAACGAAACGACUUAACUCGUAGUCAAGGAAUCGAAGAUUCCUUCGAAAUGAAGAUCGAUAAACAAUAUAGAUUAAAUUCACUUCAAAUUAAUGCGAAUUCAUUAAAUAGUAACAAUAAUAAUAAUAGUAGUAAGAUCGACGGGGAUAACAAAAUACUUCGAAAAAUUCGUGAAUUUGGUACCAAUACCGAAAAUCCGUUGAAAAGAUUAGAACCUGCGCGAUUUCUAAUCGAAGAUAUUGCACCGGUUAUUGAGAAAAAGAUUGAGAAACGAUCAUUCGGCACUAGUACAAAUUUAACCAUGAAGGAUGUCCUCACGAACGAGGACGUAACCAUAAUCGUCGAUGAUGCUUUAAGAAUUUAUAAAAACACGGUUUUAAAGAAGACAUCGAACAGGGGAACGCAAUGUAUGCCUGAAGUGAAAAAGAUCAUUGAGAAACGAGAUCAACGGGUGCAAACGAAUGAAGUUUUUAAAUUGAAAUCAAAUAUUGGCGUUACUGCCAAACCAAGAAGUUCGGAUAUUGGAUUAGAAGUUAAAGUUAAUGCCGAUACGAGGAGUAUAGCUGUUGGUCCAGAUCCUCUUUCGGUUCGUCAUCUUUCUUUAAACUCGAUGAACUCCAGAAGCCAUUCAUUUAAUUAUGGAGACCCUAUGAGUAAAAGAAAAACAACGAUGAAAUCUGUCGGUGUGAUGGUCGAGGAUCUCGUCAAAACGUCAAGCAAAUGCAUAGGCACUGAAGGUUUGGCACCAAAAAUGAAAGAAUUUGGUACAUCGCCUAUAAAGAAGAAGUUUACCGACGUUUCUGUCGGUGACUCGAUCAAACCACAUAUUUUAAUAACUUGCAGUACCAAUUAUUGCGAUAAUUGCAAGGAGACUAUUAAAAUUUUAGCCAAACAAAUCACGAAUAACGUUGAGAAUAACAUGAAUCAUCAAAAUGCUAAUCUCGUUUCAAGGAUACCAAGGCCUUCUCACAUCGCUCUUAAUAAUUCUGAUCAUAAAAAAUUCAAAAGACAGGAUACUUAUACGAAGAUACCUGCUAUGGGAAUUAUUCGCUACGAUUCGGAUAAUAAGGAACAAUAUGACAGUAGUAAUCGUCUUCGACAACUGGAAACGGAGAAGGAAAGAAAUGAGAAAUCCAUGUCGGAAGACAUAUCUCAGGAUCAGCCCGAAAAAGGGGUAGAAAAUGAAGAAAAACAAGAGCUGCCUGAAUCGGCUCUCUUUCAGCCUAUCCAGGAUGAUCCAAGAAAGAAAGUGGAACCGUCCAAAGAAAUGCAAGCCGCUAUGAAAGUGCUCAAUGAUAGCUUUAAGAAAUCACCUAGUAGAAACAUUUCCCAUCAAAUUAAAAAUGCCACCAAUAUAAUACAACAAGAGUGGUUUAAAAUAUCUAGCACAGUUAAUGCCAAUCCCUUAGACGUGGAAGAUUAUUUGGAUUGUUUUGAAGAAUAUUCCGGUACAUUGCUAGAGUAUAUUGUAAAUAUGACUGAUUCUAGCGGCAACACUGCUAUGCAUUAUGCUGUUUCUCAUGGAAACUUUGACGUAGUUUCCAUACUAUUAGAUUCUAAAGUGUGCGAUAUCAAUAAAGCAAAUGUAGCUGGAUACACUGCGGUAAUGUUAGCUGCUUUAGCAGAAGUCAAAAAUACUACUCAUGCUUCUGUAGCGAACAGACUCUUCCAGCUUGCCGAUGUCAAUAUUAGAGCUAAAUUGCAUGGACAAACUGCGUUAAUGUUGGCAGUGUCUCAUGGAAGGAAGGAUAUGACACAAUUAUUAUUAGAUGCCGGAGCUGCGGUUAAUAUUCAAGAUGAAGAUGGUAGUACGGCUUUAAUGUGUGCAGCUGAACAUGGGCAUACGGAUAUAGUACGAACACUUUUAGCUCAUCCAGAGUGCGAUUCGUCGAUUGUCGAUAUAGAUGGUAGCUCUGCGUUAAAAAUUGCUUUGGAAGCUGGUAAUAGAGAUAUCGGUGUUUUGCUUUACGCUCAUGAGCACGUUAAUAGAGGUUCUAGCCCGUAUUCGUCUAUAAGACGAAGUAGAAGAGGUUCCAAACCAACUACGCCCACUGGUCCUUCUCCUUCAGCUCCUGUAAGUCCAGCACCAUCCCGAAGGAUGCAUUCAUCCACAGUUUCCCUCAACACUUCCAAAUAUUCUGCUAAAUAACAGAGGAGCAUAUGGAGGCUGUUAACAAAGUUUGGUAAAAAAAAAGAUUAAAAUAUUUAUCUUGUUAAUCGUCUCAAAAAUACAAAAUGAGUAAUAUGCGGUAGAAAGAGAGAGAGAGAGAGAGAGAGAGAGGUUGGAUUCUUCAAAUUAAAAUAUAAUAUUCAUUCUUGCCUAACAAGAAUCUCAUUACUAUCAGUACUUUAUUCAGGUGUGUUGUAACAUAAUAACGAAUUUAAAUAAAAGCUCAACUUUUGUAAAUAUCUAUAUUUAGGAGUGGUUGAGCUAUUUAUUUUAUUGCGAUUGAAAUUUUUAGAAAUCUGAUUGUCGCACUCUUUUCCAAGCGCGGUCGAUUGAUAAAUCAAUUCUUUUCUACAAAUAGUUAAUAAAACCUUAUGCAAGAAUAAGUUUUCAUAUCAAAUUUUACAAUAUUUUAUAAAAACAAUCCGGGAACAUAUAUAUAAGUAGAGAGAAAAAGGGAGAAUAUCGGAUUUAACGUGUUAGCAAAAUUAAAGGGAGAAAAUUGCAAACAAAAAUAUCAAGUACAAAAUAUUCCUCAGUACAGAGCUAAAAAACUUAAAAAAGAGAUAUUAAAAAAUAUAAAAAAUUAUCUUCCAUCAAGUUAUAACUCUAAACAUUCCAAAAUUGUCGAUUA